AUGGCAUACGAUCGAUAUGUUGCCAUAUGCAAGCCCUUGCAAUACACCCUUAUUAUGAGUCGUAGAAUCUGUGCUCAGAUGUCUGCCUUUUCAUGGAGUUUUGGCAUUUUACUGGCUAUUUGGCAAUUUUAUUCAAUAUUUACAAAGCCCUUUUGCGGGUCAAACAAAAUCAGCCAUUUCUUCUGUGACAUUGUCCUUGUGAUGCAGUUGCCUUCUGCAGAUACCUACACGAAUGAAGUUGUUGUUACCACCCUUGCUGUGCCUAUUGGAAUCAUCCCAUUCCUGCUUAUCCUCUUGUCCUAUGUCCUUAUUAUCUCCUCUAUUCUCAAGAUGCCCUCAGCUGAAGGCAGACACAAAGCCUUCUCUACCUGCUCCUCACACCUCAUUGUGGUUUCUCUUUUCUAUGGAACAGGAACAGUUGUUUGUUUGCAACCUAGUUGGGCCCAUACUCAGGGCAAUGACCGGUUCUUUGCCCUAAUGUAUACAGUGAUGACACCCGUGUGUAAUCCCAUUAUUUACAGCCUACGGAACAUGGAGAUUAAAAGUGCCUUCAAAAAAUCAAUUGGCAGGAAACUGUUCCCUCAUAUCAAGUCUUUAAAAGGAUUCUGA